AUGCUCAAAUCUUGCUUUAAAUUGCAUUGGCCUUCAAAUGCGGCCGGUUCCAUAUUGCGGUUCUGCACGAAGAGCUCGGCCGAUUCGAUCGCUGCAUCCUCUCACGACGUGUCAGCGAAACAACAGCUGUUUAUGACUGACCCGGUUUCUCCUGGCUCGGUGUUCUUUCUCCCAAAUGGCACUAAGAUUUUUAACAAGCUUGUGAACUUUAUGAAGCUACAACAACAGAACAAAUUUGGUUUCCAGGAAGUGAUAACGCCGCUGAUAUAUCGAAAAUCAUUAUGGGAGCAGUCAGGUCAUUGGGAGAACUACAAGGAGGACAUGUUCCGCGUUGAAGGCCAAGAUUUGCAAAAAGAGGAGUAUGGCUUGAAACCAAUGAACUGCCCAGGUCACUGUAUGGUCUUUAAACGGUUUGCAAGAUCGUACAAUGAACUACCUUUAAGGUAUUCUGACUUCUCACCUUUGCAUAGAAACGAGGCCUCUGGCGCAUUGUCAGGACUUACUAGGGUUAGAAAGUUUCACCAAGAUGAUGGCCAUAUAUUUUGUAUCCCGGAACAGGUGGAAUCUGAGAUUACGAAGUGCAUCAAAAUGCUUGAUCUUUGCUACACUAAAGUGUUUCCUUUGGGUCGUGGGAACACACCGACAGAUUACGAGUUAAGGCUUUCAACUAGACCGGAACAUUAUGUUGGUGACGUUAGUGUGUGGAAUCACGCGGAAGCAAUUUUAGAGGGUAUCCUGAAUAAAUCAGGUAAGGUGUGGUCAAUUAAUGCAGGAGAUGGAGCCUUUUACGGUCCGAAAAUUGAUGUCCUUCUCGCUGACCAUAACAACAAGCAGCACCAAGUGGCGACGAUUCAGCUCGAUUUCCAGCUUCCGGAGAGAUUUGAUUUAAAAUAUAAAGAUAAAGACAAUACCUUUAAAAGGCCAAUUAUGAUUCACAGAGCUGUUUUUGGCUCUGUCGAACGGUUUAUGGCUAUGCUGAUAGAUUCGAAUGAGGGAAAAUGGCCUUUCUGGCUUAAUCCACAUCAGUGCAUGAUUGUUCCGCUAAAUACGAAGAACGAAGCCCUUGUACACAAGGCGAAUGACUUAGCCAGGGCUUUGAGGGGUGAAGACACCCCUGCUGACGAACCGGUUAAACUUAACAGCUUCCAUUUCAAUGUUGAUAUUGAUGACCGUGCGGAGCCAACGGGAUAUAGAAUUAAAGAAGCAAUAGAGAAAAACUAUUCCUUCUUAAUCAUGGUUGGUACCAAAGAAAUUGAAAGUGGCAAAUACGCUAUAAGGACUAGAGAGUCCAGGGAUUUAGAGCACUUGACGCUAGAUGAAAUAAUACAAAAGUUUUCCAACCUAGAAUCUAACUUCAAAUAG